UUAUCUUUGAGAUUCGUAUGAAACUCGCCUCCAUAUUGUUUAAAUGAUACACCUGUURUUCAACUAAUGUGUGUCUUGACGUCAACUCAAAAAUAAGGAAAAAUAAGAACAAUUUUAGUCAAUUAUCACUAUACUGACACCCUCGCUACCGUAAGAAUGAAAUGUUUWUUUUUYGAAAUUGUGCAAGUCGUCCGUGUUACUUCUUUCUUUGUGAUCGCAAAAAGAUAGUUCAUAACACUUGUUGCUGCACUAGWCCAUAAUCGACCACGAAUUCGCUAAACAAUAGUUUCAAGUCGAAAAAYUACAGUUAAAGCCUCUACUUAAAAGUAUUUUGUGAUCAGUCAUGAUAAUUCAGGAGAGGUCUGUAUGUUUAUUAUUGUAAAAACAAACCACGUUUAGUAUAUCUACUUAGCAAACAUUACUAAAUUAGACGACACAACUUAUGUUGCCUACAACCAUCACAUGUCUACUUGCCUUCGACUCUUGUAUAGAGCUAUCAAACAAUURUUUUAGAAUCUAGUUGUGUAUGAAGGUCCAAGACUGUCGAAAAAGUCGUAUAUCGAUGCAAUGCAUUCAUCGUCCCAAAAACAACCAAAAAAUAUAUWAAUCAGGCUUCAAAAGCAACAUUUCCAUUUAAUGUUGCUGACAGAGUAUGAGAUCGAAGUAAUUGGUUAUCACAGGGGGGUAUGGAGGGGAAUUUGGAUGUCAUUUGCCGUAAAUUUGAAAUUCAAAGUAGGUGGAAUAUUAAUCGACAUAAAUGAACAGCGUUUAUCACCAAUAUAUAUCGUCAUCAACGAAAAUCUUUUGUGACGAUCACCACACAAAAAAAUGUAUUUGAUAUACAAGUGGAGGCUCGUUAACCGAUGGAUGAUUAAAUCGAAAAUAACAAACUUUGGAUGAUUCAAAUCCACCAUUCGAGAAAAGGAAGUAAAAAUACAAUACUCACUAUCAUGGAAAAAACACGGAAACACCUGUUCUGACUAGACUUUCAGAAGAGAAAUUGUUUUCGUGACGUCACCGUGCAUGACGUCACAAGCUCUGGCCAUUUGCUCAUUACUUAAUUGCUUGGCUAUUCAAUGCUGACUUCCUUUCUUAGAACCAAGAACUUGUAUAACAAAGAAAACCUUAUCUUUCGGAGAUGAAUGACAUCUUGAACGUUUGAUUAUUUUAAUUCAUUCAAGUGUUUGACGGUAGCCAAAAGACUGGAAAUCCUCGUUUAUAUUGUGGUGAAAAAUGAACUCCAUCAACAGAAAUAGCUCGUUUGUACAUUUGACGAAUCAAGACAAAUCCAAUCGAGAAAUUUCCGCCAUCUAUUUUACUGUAAUCUCGGUAUUUAUUGCUUUGGAAAAUAUAGGAACUAUAUGUGUGGUAUGGAUGAAAAAGAGGAAAAAACCUACAGAUCAUCUGUUAAGAACGUUAGCUGCURUUGAUAUGAUAACUCCGUUCUGUGAGUUCUCACUAGGGAUAUUUUACAGCCUGGCUGGUGUUUGGAAAGGUGGAUUAGUAAGCUGUUCUCUGGUUAUCCUGGUGUCUUUGUUUUUCCUGCGGUUUUCCAUGAUCGUAUCAACGUUGAUUGCAGUCGAUAGGUUUUUAGCCGUUGCCAAGCCAUUUUUCUACCGUUCAAAGGUUAGGCUUGGUCCCAUUAGAGUAAUCUUUUCCAUUUGUGGUAUUUAUAGUUUCUUGAUGGCGCUUUGCCCAAUACUUGAUUUAAACUACGAUAAUAAUUUCGAUAAUGACUGGUGGAAGUGUAUUUAUCACUGGAGGACGAGCCGAUCUGAUGGUUUCACGAGGAUUCACAUCAUUGCUAACUUAAUCGAUUCUAUCAUCUGCGUACUGAUCGUGACAAUUUGUAAUAUCGGAGUUAUAGUGUAUUUUAUUCAAAGAAGAAGAAAGCAGACUCUUAAAGGAGGACCAAACCUGGUUUCAAAAGACUCAAGUUCUUACAUUGAUUCRAGAAGAAAAAAAGAUUUGAAGUAUGCUAAGCUCAUGGGUUUGGUGAUGUUGUACGUUCCUCUUUGCACGCUGCCAACUCAGAUUCUCAUCAUGUUACAUCACUUCAAUCUCACUUCACUCAAAGCAGAAACAGUUUGUCUUUACCAGAUGCAUAUAACUGCAAUAACCUUACUCUGCAACCCAAUAUUCUAUGCCCUUAUAAGGAAGCACUAUAGACAUGCGUACGCGUUCAUUCUCCGCCAUCCCAUGGUGCUUUGCGGUGUUGUUCCUUCACAUGGAGUCUUUGAUUUUGAUGAAGGAUCUGACGCUGAAAGAACUCUAAAUUUUCGUCAAAUGGCGGUCGUUUCUCUAGCCGCAGCACGAUUUCGUCAAAAUGUGUCUCAUUGUAAAAAAUCGAAAAGUAAAGUUGAACAUUCAGACUUGACGGUCUCUAAAGAUAUCCCCGCCAUAGUUGAAGACCUCGAAAGAAAAGUUUCUGRUGAUUCGRCUUCAAAUAAAACCAAACAAAAAAGUCGUGSUGCCCUGUGGGACAAUUCCCUCGCGUCUAGUUUUCUUCGACCAAUGCCUAGUACAUCUAGUUACUUUAGCGAUCAGGAAUCCCUKCCGUCCUCACCAAUAUGGCUGCGAACACCAUCUCGACCAAGAGGAGAAAGCUAUGGAUCGGAAGUAACCGAAUUAUCCGAAAUUGAAWCAUCUUCCUUCCAGAAUUCACCACCUUUUCCAAAAUUAUCAUUUGAAUUCGAAGGAUUUGAACUUAAUAGCAUAGAAUGUCAGGCAACUACUAGCAAACACUGUCUACCAGUUCAAAACGAAGGAUUUGCAAAGAAAAAAAGUAGAGAAAGCGAAAAGUCACUACAGCUUCAAUUUCAAAGACCAUCAUUUGAGUGUGAGGUGUUUGAACCCACUUGUACCACAGCCUGCCAGGAAACCAUUAAGCACUCUUUACCAGUAAAAGAAAGCUGUAACUACAAAACAGCUGACCAUGAAAGAAACUCUCAUAUGAUUCAAAGACAAUUAUUACAGGGGGAAGUAUUUGAGCAUAGKCAUAUUGCAUCCCGGAAAACUGGUUACAACCGCUCAUCAGUUUCAAGCGAUAAUUCACUUGUGCGAAAAAGGGCCGAAACUGAUAUACAUGUAUUGACUGUGAAAACGUCAGACUACAGUCGACGACGACGAUCACUCAAUGACAGGAAUCUAUUUGAAAAUGACAAUCCUCAAGCGAACUCUAAUCGCAUCGUUUCUGYACCAUUGCAUGAAACUUCACGACCUGGGAUAGAAGUGACUACAAUUCAAGGAGCUAGUGAUAUUCCUCCUAAGUCGAACUCUGAAGAGRAUACCAUACAUGAUCGACGGUCGAGGUUUCGCCGCAGACAAGCGGUUAGUGACAUGCCAGCAGAUUGGGUCUUACAAGAAUUUUGAAUUUUUAAAAGAAUGUUAUAAUUUUUUCUUUAUCUUUAAGUGGGUUUUGAGUCAAAUCAACAAUAGAACACAUCCUAAGUACCAGUAAGGAAAUCUAUAUUCUUCAAUAAACAAUGACAAUUAAUUCUAGUUAAUUCCUWUUAACAAUAUCUAGUGACGCUUCUAGAACAUAACUACACGCGCCCGUCGRAAACCGCACGCCAAGUUGAAUUUAGAGCUACGAGCGUAUCAAAAAAGGAGUAUUUUUGUAAAUUUUAAUUUAUCGUUGAUGAAGCAACAAUAGAGGUCUAGGUUAUAGCGAAUCGAAAUCGUUCAAAUUAAGUCAAAAGCAAUUAAAGUAAUUUCAAUUUAUUCCAUAUCUACUGUCUGUUGUUAUGUUGUUGUAUUGUAAGUAUUUUCAACUGGCUCCACCAAGGUUAUUCAAACCACGUUGAAGCAUAGAGAUUCUGUCUCUGUACAUUUCAGAYAGAACCUGAAGAAGAAAGGAAUUGCACCAUCCUAUCGAAACUCCGCKUGUUAGAUCUAGUUAAAAUCUAAAACCUAUCAGGCUGUUACUGAGUAAAAUGUUCAUUUUA